AGUACGCAUGCGCGGUGGUGCUCGGGUAGUGACAGUGUCAGAUAGAGAGAGAGAGAAAGAGAAAGAGAGAGAGAGAGACUUCCUUUACGCCCAUCUCCGGUAUAACACCUUCUCUACACAUUCCUGAUCAUGGCUGCCGCGGAUGUAGACGUGUUUUCUGAUGAACAGAAGCGGAACCUCGGUCUGGGCGGACAUGUCGGCUUCGACAGUCUGCCUGAUCAGCUGGUCAGCAAAUCUGUGUCUCAGGGUUUCUGCUUCAACAUCCUCUGUGUGGGGGAGACGGGCAUGGGCAAGUCCACGCUGAUGAACACGCUUUUCAACACCAUGUUCGAGAACGAAGAAGCCAGUCACUACCAGAACGGCGUGUACCUGCGGCCGAGAACAUACGACCUGCAGGAGAGCAACGUCCACCUCAAGCUCACCAUCGUAGACACGGUCGGCUUCGGAGACCAGAUCAACAAAGAAGAGAGUUACAAGCCCAUUGUUGAUUACAUCGACACACAGUUUGAAAACUACCUGCAGGAAGAGCUGAAAAUCAAGCGCUCACUUUUCAACUACCACGACACCAGAAUCCACAUCUGCCUGUACUUCAUCUCUCCCACAGGCCACUCGCUCAAGUCUCUGGACUUAGUCACAAUGAAGAAGCUGGACAGUAAGGUGAACAUCAUUCCCAUUAUUGCGAAAGCUGACACAAUUUCCAAGAGCGAACUUCACAAAUUCAAGAUUAAAAUCAUGAGUGAGCUGGUGAGCAACGGCGUCCAGAUCUACCAGUUCCCCACGGACGAUGAAGCGGUGUCCGAGAUCAACUCCUCCAUGAACGCUCAUCUACCCUUCGCUGUAGUGGGCAGUGUUGAGGAGGUGAAAGUCGGGAAUAAGACGGUCAGAGCCAGACAGUAUCCCUGGGGCAUCGUCCAAGUGGAGAAUGAGAGUCACUGUGAUUUUGUGAAGCUGAGGGAGAUGUUGAUUCGUGUGAAUAUGGAGGACCUGCGGGAGCAGACACACACUCGCCAUUAUGAACUCUACAGACGCUGCAAACUGGAGGAAAUGGGCUUCAAAGACACCGACCCUGACAGCCAGCCAUUCAGUCUACAGGAGACCUAUGAGGCUAAGAGGAAAGAGUUCCUCGGGGAUCUACAGCGUAAGGAAGAGGAGAUGAGGCAGAUGUUUGUGAACAAAGUGAAAGAGACCGAAACUGAGCUGAAGGAAAAGGAGAGAGAGCUUCACGACAAGUUUGAGCAGCUGAAGCGCAUGCACCAGGAGGAGAAGAGGAAGGUGGAGGAGAAGAGGCAGAACCUGGAGGAGGAGAUGAACGCUUUCAACAGGAGGAAGGUGGCGGCUGAGACGCUGUCUCUCUCACAGCCGCUCAAGAAGGACAAGGACAAGAAGAAUUAAUUUUUGAGCUCGUCAUCGCAGGCUGAACGCGGACUUGUCCUCCAUCGUCAUAGUGACCGCCAUUCAGUUGUUGUUUUUUUUUUAUUUCUCCUGCUGUUUUCCUCAUUGACAUUUUGUAAACGGACCAAAGACACUGCCGGGGACCUCAGACACGCAGUCCGAUUGUGAGGAUCGACUUUCCGGUUGUGUUGCCAGCAUUAUUUUAUCCACUGACUGUAGGAAUAUUCAGAUUAUGUUCUUUUGGAUUUUUUUUUUUUUAAUACCACAUUCAUGUAUUUGUAAUUUCUCCCUUUUUUAUUAUUAUUAUUAUUAUUAUUAUUAUUAUUAUUAUAGCUUUGGAUUUGACUCGCUAUGAUUUCUUCCUGAAGAGAACAAGGCCAGUUGCUGGACUCUGUGGUUCCCUGUGAUGAAGUUGUUUGUAGAUCUCCGCAGGCCGAGGCGGUUGUGUUGAGGUUGGUGUGUGAGGAGCACUCUCCUCCCUCCUGUAACGUGUUGUAGUAUUUAAGAUCUGAGCCAAACCGUACAGCAGAGCAAUAAUAACCAAAAUAAAGCUGUUCAACAUUUAUUUUGAUAAAUAUUACCUACAAGGGUACAACAAAUUCACCUUUAUCCAUCAUCUAUAUUGUUUGGCUGCUGUUUUAUGAGAACGCGAAGCCUGUAGCUCGUCUAUUUUAGUAGUUAUGAAAUGAUGUAUGCAAAGUUUAUAUACAUGUUAAAAAAAGGUAUGUUUUAAGACAUGAAGAUGAUCUAAUACUCGAGCCGUGAAAACGAGGGAGAGCGAGAUGCACCGUGGAUUAUCUAAAUAAAGCAAUGUGACUUCGGACACGUGUUUUUAUUAAUUCUUGUAUUCUCAGAUGAGUCGAAUAAAUAUAAGCCACCAUUUAA